CGGCAUGUUUCGAAGAAUACAUUCAAAUUUAUCAUCAUGUUGGCGGAGUUAUCACUACAAGAUGUCAGAACAAUUUUUACCUCAGCCGAAUGUUACAGUGAAGAAGGAAGAGACAAUAUCCCUUGGCAGAAAACUGUUGAUGGAUUAUGGAAUAAUAAACUCGAGGAGCAGCGGAAUGUUUGCCUUGUUACCAUUUGGCCAGCGAGUAUUCACUAAGUUGACCACAAUAAUUGAGGAGGAGAUGAGAGACAUCGGUGCACAGAAACUUUCAUUACCUCUUCUUACAAGUGGACAUCUGUGGGAAAGAACAGGUCGUUUGGAAUCAAAUGAUCAAGAGUUGAUGACAAUACAAGACCGGCAUGACAAGACAUACAUACUUAGUCCAACACACGAAGAAGCAAUAACAUCUUUGAUGGCCGAGAUCUUUCCAGUCUCACACAAACAUCUACCUAUUCUCCUCUACCAGAUCACAAGCAAGUUUCGUGAUGAAUUAAGGCCACGUUUUGGGCUCAUAAGAGCCCGAGAAUUUGUAAUGAAGGAUCUCUACACAUUUGACAGUUCAGAAGCAGCAGCAAACAUCACCUAUACAAAAAUAUGUAGUGCUUAUGAUAGAAUUUUUCAGAGAAUUGGUAUCCCCUACUUAAAAGUUGUUGCUGACUGUGGUGACAUUGGUGGUAAUUUUUCACAUGAGUACCAUUAUCAGACAGCAAUUGGAGAGGAUAUUCUGCUGCUUUGUAAUGCCUGUGGUUUUACUGUCAACUCUGAACUGGUUGCUGAUGCAGAUAAUGCUUCUUGCUCCAUCUGUGGUAACCAGUUGACCAAAACUCAAGGAAUAGAGGUCGGACAUACCUUCCUUUUGGGAACAAAGUAUUCUAAACCAAUUAAAGCCUUUUAUCAUAAUGUGGAAGGCAAGCCAGAGCUACUUCAGAUGGGCUGUUAUGGCCUGGGAGUGUCUCGCAUUCUGGCAACAAUUGUUGAACUAUUGUCCAAGAAUGAUUGUAUUAGAUGGCCAUGGAGCCUUGCUCCAUUCAAAAUCUGCAUAAUUACACCAAAAAAAGGAAGCAAAGAAGAGAGUGGCAUGCUAUGGGUGGAUCACUUGGCCCAAGUCAUCAGCUCUAUGCCAGGUUUUGAAGACGAUGUUUUAGUGGAUGACCGAAAUAAACUAUCUAUUGGAAGACGUCAAGUGGAUGCAGACAAAAUGGGGUACCCGCUAGUUAUUGUUGUAGGAAAAAAGGCUUGUGAAAGUAUACCCUUGUUUGAGGUUAUUGAUAGAGAAAGCAGUAAGACACACUUUCUUACACAGAAACUAGUCAUUGACUUCUUGAAACAAAAAUCACGAAAAUGUAAAUUUGAAGGUGUACAGUAAUUAAACUGAGAGUACUAAA